AUGUCACUUUUAUUAAAGUCUUUUCGUAUUAAUAAUAAUCAAAUUAUAUUAUUUUCUUCUUCCACUAUUAGAUUUGAAUCAAUACAAUUUAAUAGGUCAAUGAAAAGAAACACAAGUUCUUCGACAACAUAUAAUAAAAAGCAUUUAAUUCCUACUUCUGGAACAUAUCCCAAAGGAUUUAAAGCAACAG